GCGAGCUAAGGCCCCGAGUCGCGUCGUCGCGCGUCGGCGGCGGACGCGGCCGGUCGCCUCCCGCCAUGAAGGGCUCCGCCGCCGCCGCCGCCGCCCGCCAGGCCGAGCUCGUCAGGAAGCGCCGAGGGCAGGAGCGCCAAGCCAUGCCAAAUGAAGAUGAUGUUGUGGAGGGAAUAUUUCUUCCGGUGGGAGUAGAUCUUCGCCAAAUAACUAUACUCCCAAAAAAAGAAUGGGAGAGGAUUCACGAUAGCCUCACUGCCCCAGCAAGAGAAGCAGCCCGGAUUCGUGCUGAAAGGAAGGAGCGAAAAGAUCUGCACUUAAAGUCUCAAGCACUUGUGAAAAACUGGCAUAACACUAUUGCAGGUAUGGCACAGGCAAAACUGGUAGCCAAGAAAGAACGUCAGGAGAGGGAUGAGGAAGAAAAAAGAAAAAUUGACCUGGAAGAAGCAAAGUAUGAAGCACAGAAGCGAAAAGAGGCAGUGGAAGAAUCCAAACUCUAUCAGUACUACCAGAAUGAGAGAGUGAAAGACUUCCAUAGAGCCCUCUUGCUUACCGAAUGCAUAAAAGAAAGAGAUGCUCAGAUUGAAUUUAAAAAGGUAAAAGAAAACCUGUACCGCUGCAAAGAUGAAGAAGUAGAACGUGAACGCCUAAAAGCCAUACGAAAAGAGGAGGAAAAGAUCAGAGAGAACCAUAGGAAGAGAGUGCAACUCAGCAAGGAUCAUCUGGAACAGAUAAAAGAGCAUGAACGUCUAGCAGCACUAAGGAGGCUGGAAGACAAAAGGGAAAGGGCAGAGAUUCAGGAGCAGGUCCGGCUAAAUCAACAGGAAGUGCUGCAGAAAGAGCAGGAGGAGCGUGAAGACAAACUCAGGCGUAGAAAGGAGCAUCAGGCACAUGUUGCUGACCAGGUGACUCUCAAGGCUAUCGAGAAGCAAAAAGAAGAGGAAGAGGAUGAUAAAGUCCGAGCACAUUAUAAAGCAAAGCGAGCUAUGGCUAAGCUGACAAAAGCAAAAGAAGAUGAAAUGCACAGGUUAAUGGAGGCGCACAGAGACAACAUUACUAGCCGCCUCCUGGCUUAUAUGAAAAAGGAGGCUGAUGAUGAAGAUGAGCGUAUCGCUAGGGACAUUGCAGAGACGGACGCGCAGCUGGAGAGAGAACGCAAAGAAAAAGAAGAAAAGAACAAUGCUGAACUGAAAUCCAUCAAAGAGCACAGAAUGAAUGUGAUUAAAAGGAAAGAAGAGAAAGCAAAACAGGACAGACUAGAGGCUCAAGAAAUACUUCGUGGACAAAUAGAAGCAGAUCGGAUUUACCAAGAACUGGAGAAAGACAAGAAACAUAGAAAUCAUUGUGCAAACUUAAAAUUGCAAGAAACCCAUGUCAUGCAGAUAGUUGAAAAAAGGUUAAAAGAAGAUCAUGAGAAACAAGUGGAGGCAGACUAUGUCAGACAAAAAGAACGCAUUUUAUUAUUCAAGGAGCAGGAAUUCCAGAAGUAUGCAAAGAAAGUCAUUGAUGAGCAAUCCAAGACUACUCGGAAUCUUUACCCUCUUUACAAAGCACUCCAUGAAGGUGACCGAGGUAUAAACAGACCAGUUUUUGGAGAAAACGAACAGCCAUGUGAGAAGCAGCCUACUAAGCUGCCGUUUAUAGGUGACACAGCUCAAGAAAUGAAAUGGUUAAAUGAAUUUGAAUAUGGGCACACUAAGGGUCGGCUAGGUUUUUCAUGGUAAGGAGAACCCUUCCGAAUGCUACAGUGAAAGUAAUGCAUUCUUAAAUAACCCCAAAUUGUAGUAGAAAAUUAGCAAGUUUAAGAUGCCUUAAUAAAGGUUGCAACCAUCCAAAUAUUUUUAUGUAUAACUUUGAAAAUUAAAAAAAUUCUAAUGAUUUGUAGCAUUUAGAAGUUCCAAAAAAGCCAUUCACACCUUUCGAUUCAAUUUUAUUUCAGGAAUUUCUAGUCCUUUAUUCCUUAAGUUUCUGCUACCUGUAUGAACACCAAAAAUAACACACACUUCGAGAACAAACUAUUUGCUGUACCUCUUCCGUUUAAACUUUUUAGGCUAAAAGCAUUAACUAGCCAAGUAUUUGCCUCUUGAUAGCCAAAAUUCCACCCAUGGCUAUUUUUCUUUCAAUAGCCAGCAUGCCACUCCCUGAUCCCAAUCAAAGUUAGAACCCACCUACCCUCCAUUGCACUGGUUAUUUGUGAAAGAGAGAAACAUCAUGCAAUGGAGGGACUGUGGCACUCAAAGUAGGGAGCCAUAUGCAAGGAAGUAACUAGUUGGGAACAGAGGUGCUUAUCCUUUCCCUCACCCCCUUGACUGGGAAACCACAUCUUGGGCCAGACGGAAUCUAAAGUAGUUAGGGCUGCAGAAUAAAUGGAACAGGUAGACAGCAUCUCUCCGGCUGCCUUCUGUUGUUCCCUUUCAACUGCCCCUCGCUGCUUUGCGUGUCAGAUUGGGAAGUGCCAUCAACUUGAAAGAUUAAAAGGAAGUUGAGCAGUGGCUAGUUUUCUACAAAAGUAGGAAUAGUUUGACCCUUAGUAUAAGUCAUGGACUAUGUACCUAUAGAACUUCUGUCACCCCUUCUUGAUCAAUCAUCAUCUAGCCUUUAAGCAAUAUUUUAAUCAACAGAUAACUAAGACCUCAGUAUAAGUGCCUCUUUGAUGAACAGUGAAAAGAAACAAUAGUUUAAGUGUGAGAUGGCUUACAACGUAGUAAAGGAUAAUUUCCAGCAAUGCACUGUUUACUUGUAAUAAAAGCUUUGUUAUGACAACAUUUUGCAGUUUUGGAGUUGACAUAGUGCCCAGGGAAGAAUAUUCUUCAGUGUUGACUUUUAUAAAGCAAGACUGUUUAUAGAAAUGCUUUGGAAUCCUCUUUACCAAAAAUGAAUAAAUAAAAUGAAAACAAACUGCAGCAUUUAUUUAUUAC